CAUAUUAAGAUAUUACUAUCAAAUUAUACUACGCAAGUUAAGCUAUAGGGUCGAGACAGUUUCCAAACGCGGUUAUUAGAUAUAUUUUGUCCCGUGCUAAUCGCCGUAGACUUUUGACAGCUGGUUCAAAUAUGGCUGAAGAUAGUCUGAUAGAAAGCGAAGAUGAAAACAUUUUAUAUGAUUUACUUGUUAUUACUGAAUGGCCGCCGGAGACGGACACCCAGUUGCGAGGCAACAAAGAGCACAACACCUCUCUUGUUGCAAAAGCAGUAACAGGCCCGUUCCGCUUGAUCCUACACUAUUUGUGGUACAGCCCCACCAGCUCGUCUCUGCCCCUCGGUCUUCUCCGCCUGGCAAACAAGCAGAUCAACUGGCAGCUGGUGCUUGCAAGUAAUGGCAAACUGUUGGCAGUGGUUCAGGACCAGUGUGUGGAGAUUAGGUCUGUGAGAGAUGACUUCGGCUCAGUCAUUGGGAAAUGCCAGGUGCCAAAGGACCCAAACCCCCAAUGGCGGAGGGUGGCAUGGAGCCACGACUGUACCCUGCUGGCCUACGCUGACAGCACCGGCACCGUGCGCCUUUUCGACCUCAUGGGCAGCGAACUGUUCGUCAUCCCACCGGUGGUGAGUUUUCCUGGGGAUUUCAGUUGUGCAGUGGCAGGCCUGAUAUUCCUGGAAUACACAGCCAGCACUCAGUGGUCGGCUGAGCUGCUUGUUAUCACGUACGGCGGCGGGCUCAAGAGCUACCUAGUCAGUGUGGGAACCAAUCAGAACUUCCAAGAGAACCACAGCUUCAGUUUCUCUGCCCACUACUCUCAUGGCAUCACCUCAGCUAUUUACCACCCUGUCCACCGAUUGCUGCUGGUGGGGGGCUGUGAGUCGGGGGACGACAGUACGUCCAAGGCCUCUUGUUGUGGCAUCACAGCAUGGAGGACUCUAUCCGGCUCGCCACACUACAAGCAGGUCACCAGCUAUGAGGAUGAUGUCAAUAUGAAUCAGAAAAGAGGUUUCUUCAGGAUCCCCAGUUUCAGGCUGUUCUCCAGACAAGGAGAUGAAAAGGAUGGUGUAUUCCGCAUGAGUCUGAGCCCUGAUGGCACCCUGCUGUCGGUCAUCCACUUCUCUGGUCGUCUGUCUCUCUGGGACAUCCCUUCGCUUAAACAGAGGGCCACAUGGAGCCAAGACCAACAGCCAGGAUUUGAGGAGAUCAAUCCAGAGUGGAAGACAUCGCUGGAGAGAAGAAAGAAAAUAAAAGAUAAGGAGCAGUACUACCCGCUGGAGGACGUGAACUGGUGGAGUGACAACGUGUUGAUUCUGGCUCGCUGCUCUGGGUCCGUCACCGUCUCCUCCGUCAGGACGCUCCGCAACCUUCUGGGCAAAUCCUGUGAAUGGUUCGAGCCCUCACCUCGAGUCACCGCCGCGCAUGACGGGGGCUUCCUCAGCCUUGAGUGUGAGGUGAAGCUGGCUCAGAAGCGUGGGCGUCUAGAGAGCAACCUGAGCGGAGGAGCCAGCGAGGACGAGGAGGGCGACGACGGUGGAGACUCUGAUUCAGACGACGAGUCCUCAGCCAAAGCCCGCUACUUCGGCUACAUCAAGCAGGGCCUGUAUUAUGUGACGGAGAUGGAACGCUUCGCUCCGCCACGCAAGCGCCCACGCACCGUAAUCAAAAACUACCGUCUCGUCAGCCUGAGGUCAACGACACCAGAGGAAUUGUACCAGAGGAAGAUUGACAAUGAGGAAUAUGGCGAAGCCUUGUCUCUUGCCCAAGCGUAUAAUCUGGACUCUGACCUCGUCUACCAAAGACAGUGGAGGAAGAGUACUGUCAGCAUCGCCUCAAUACAAGAUUAUCUGAGCAAGAUCCGCAAGCGUUCAUGGGUGCUGCACGAGUGUGUGGAGCGCGUCCCGGAGAAUGUUGAUGCAGCCAAGGAGCUGCUGCAGUAUGGCCUGAAAGGAACUGACCUUGAGGCCCUCAUAGCCAUAGGAAACAGAGAAGAUGGAGGCAGGUUUAUUAUGCCAGGUGAUGUUGACCUUGAUGACCUUCCCUAUGAAGACAUGCUGUCAGACAAUGAGGAGCUGGAGAUGAAGAAGGAGAGGGAGAACAAGAAGAGACAGGAGCUGCUGGCCAAAGUCGACUUCAGCAGGCUGACUCUGGAGCAGAAGGAGUUGUGUCGGAGCCGACUGAAACUACUUUCCUACCUGGACCGGCUGGCAACGUACGAGGAGAUACUCGGCGGUCCUCAUGCAGCGGAGCAGAAAUAUGAUGCAGAGUUCUUCAAGAAGUUCCGCAGUCAAAACAUUGUUUUGUCAGCGAGAAACUAUGCCAGGGAGAGUAACAUGCAGGCUCUGGACAUUCUGUUCACGUACCAUGGGACAGAACUUCUCCAGCAUCGGCUAGCUAUCCUUUACAACUUCCCAGAAACCACCUCUCCACACGAGUACACCAUCUUGCUGCCUGAAGCCUGCCUGGAUGACAGAGAUGAGUUGGUGUUGAUUCCCUGGGACGAGCAGAGACACAGAGAUAUGGACUGGUGUGAGACAGAGGAGUGCAGAGCGGUGUUGGACCAGAACCUGUUUGAUGACGACAGUUUCCUGUAUGAGGAGACUCCAGAACUGCUCAGGUUCCGCACGGCUACACCCUCCAUCCAGCUGCUGACUGACUGGUACCAGAGCAGAGCUCAGGAUAUCGACUCCUGCUCCAGACAGGUGGACUGUGCCCUGUCACUGGUGCGUCUGGGGAAGGAGCGAGAGAUCCCAGGGCUAGAGCUCUUGUGUGAUGACUUGGUCACCAUGGAAACACUCGUGUAUGAGACAUCGUGUGAAUUGAGUCUGACACUUAAAGAUUUGCAGCAGCUCAGCGACAUCGACAAGCUCCGCCUGCUCAUGAAAAAUUCCAGCACAGAGCGCUAUGUGAAAGAUGCCUUCCAGUGGAUGGUGCCGUUCCUGCACCGCUGUGAAGGACAGAAAGAGGGUGCUGCUAAAGCUCUGCUCGGAGAGUACCUGGUCAGCCUGGCGGAGCGAGACCUCAGCCUACCCCUCAUCAUCUUCCAGCACUCAAAACCUGACUGCCAGCAGAAGAUCAUAGGGGACCCAGACCAGCUGAUGGUUGUCGCUCUGAAGUGCAUCUACAGCUGUGAGAGAGAUGACCAACUCAGCCUCUGUUAUGACAUCCUGGAGUGUCUGCCACAGAGGGGCUACGGGCCAGAGACGGACAUCACUGCGUCACUCCAUGAUCAGGUGGACAAACUAGAGAAGCACCUCAGCGUGGUGGAGGUUCUGGAGAAACACAGUCUGCAGAAGCCAAUCUCAUAUGUGAAGAACAGUCAGACCAGUGAAGAAGAAGCCCACCAACUAAUGAUCAAAUUGUGCCGCCACACUGGACGCAAAAACCCUCCAGUGAGCGAGACUGUGUGGAGAGGGCUGUUGCAGGAUCUGCUAGACAUGCAGCAGAAUGUCUACACUUGUUUAAAACCAGAGAUAUGCCACCAGGUCUUCGUGGAGUCCCUGCUGUGCUCCAGCCGUGUGGAGAACGUACGCCUGGCUGGGCAGCUCAUGCACUGCUCCAUGGUCAGCCAGGAUGUUCCUGUCAGCUUGUCUUUCCGUGGUAAAGGUUACGCUCUGAAGGUGGCCUACAAUAACAGUGUGGAAUUAGCGUUGGCUGCUGCCAGGGAAUACUUCAACUCCUCCACAACGCUGACGGACCCCUGCAUGGGCCUGGCCAGGGCAUGUCUCCAGCUGAUCACAGACUGUCCUCCGGUCAUCCAAGAGGAACUGGACCUCAUCAGCGCCCUCAGCCAGCUGGAAGAUUUCAGCGUCAGCAUCCUGCCAUUGCAAGUGCGUCUGCGGUCAAACCGUCUGUCUCUCAUAGAAGAAUGCAUCGCCCACUGCUCCACGGCCUACAAGCAGUCCACCACUCUACUGAAUCUGGCCUCACUUCUCAGAGUAGCAGGAGAUGACGAGACCACGCGAAAAGGCCAAGUGCUGACCCUGCUGGCAGAGCAAGCUCUCCAGUGUCUGGACUUCAAGGCCUCCUAUAUCCACUGCCAGGACCUCAUGGCUGCAGGUUACAGUCAAGCAUGGGAGGUGUGCAGCCUGCUCGGUCAGUGCGAGGGCUACGAAGACCUGGACGCCCGGCAGGAGCUGUUAGCCUUCUCGCUCACCCACUGUCCCCCCGACAACAUCCACGGCCUCCUGGCUGCCUCAAGUGACCUGCAGACUCAGGUGUUGUACCAGGCAGUUAACUAUCAAAUGGAGCCUGUUAUUACAGAGAGUGGACAAGAGGCUGACAAGACAGACUCUCUAAAGGCCUGCACUCCCACUGUGGGCUCCUCUGUGGGGACAGCAGGAGAUUUGCUGCACAGGACUACAGCUAAGACCAUGGAAGUGUUGACCACUACCGGAGUGACCACUAAGGCUGUGCUGACCGCAGUCAGUGAUCACCGCUGGUGGAAGGAAUCCCUCAACUACCUCCGGCCUCUGCAUGGUCACGAUGCUGGAGCCAGUAGUCAGGAAGGGGCGUGUGAGAACUCCAACCUGGAGCGUCAAGGCUGUAGCCCCUUUUAUCAAGAAAUCAUUGAUGACUCCUAUGUAGACCCGAGUCAAGACGUGUAUUCAUCCUGCAGAGACAUGCCGCCGGAAAACUUUGCUGAGGUUUUGCUGAGGACCGGUAAACUGGCCGAAGCCAAAACUGAAGGACAAACCCCGUUUCCUGCUACAGAGGUUUUGCUGCAGCUGGCCAAUGAUGCAUUUCCCAGGGACAUGAUGCUGGCUCUGUCCUACUUACUGGCCCUGCCUCAGGUACUGGAUGCCAACAGGUGUUUUGAGAAACAGUGUCACUCUGCCUUGUCCCUCCAACUGGCUGCCUACUACUACUCCCUGCAGAUCUACACCCGCCUCAUGCCCUGCUUCAAGGAUAAGAACCACACUCUAUACCAGGCUGACCCAAAGGAGCUGAUUCGAUUGGUCACACAGCAUGUGUCUGCAUAUUCGGGCUGGCCGGAGGAACUGCAGAAGUUGAUCAGCCAGCUGCAUGUGUACAACGAGCGACUGACGGACUUUACGCAGGCCCAGGUGUUACAAGGGCUGGGUCGUGGAGUGGAUGUCCAGCGCUUCAGCUCCGACUCUGACUACAAGAAGGAGACCAUCCUGGGCCUCACAGAGACACUGGAUGACAGCGUGUACAAAAUCUCUGUGUCUCUGGCUAAGCGCUACAGUGUUCCUCUGUGGGAGGUCUACAUGACUCACCUCGAGUUCCUCUUUACAGAUAGCGGUCUUUCCACCAAGGAUAUUGAAUCCCGGAGUGAGUCCCUUGGUCUGUUUGGCACUUUGAAGGGUAACCCUCAGGCCUUUUACAGCCACAUGAACAAGUAUGUUCUGCCCAGUGUGGAGGGAACAGACCUGGGCCGCCUGCUCUACUACUAUACCUUAUUAGACGCUGCAGGCUGUGAACCUUACACUACCACCACCAUCAAGCCAGACUCCCAUGUCAAACUACUCAAGAAGCUUCAAGCUGUUGCCAAUGGCUUGAACUACCGCAAGCUGACUGAUGAAUCACUGGAUCCACUGGCUUCUCUAGAACCAGUUCUGACCAGUCAGAACGUACUGUCCAUCUCUAAACUUGCCAAUCGUCUUCCUGUUCCUGGUGGUGGAGGGGCAACAGUCUCCCCUAGCGGAGUCCACGCAGUAUGGCUGAGGAAGCUGUUUUGGAAAGGAGACCCCCAAUUGCUAAAAAGACCUCCACAGAGUGAUCAAGACUACCUCCAUGCCUAUGACACCUGUGCCAAAUACCUGGACAGGCUGGUCCCUGCUGACGCUAUCAACUUCCUUGAUAGCAUUACCUUUUCCGCAGAUGCAGCCAAACAUCUGAGCAUCCAGGCGAGGUCGGAGGUGAUAAAGCGAGCCACCAAAGCCCUGCGCCAGCUGGGUGAGAAGAGCAGGAAGAGAGGAGGUGAUGGUGAAGGGACGGACCCAGCAGGGAUGACUUUUGAUGAGGCUCUAGCACACCUGCAACAAUCACAAGCCCACCUGGACACUCUGAGCCAUGCCUUCAUUCUGUCACUCAAAGACAGCCAGCAGGAACAGCUGCAGGCUUACAGUCAACUAUAUGAUUUGUCCCGAUCCGAGAGGUCAAAAGUACACGAGCUGGCAGUCACCAUGGCAACUGAUGGGCAGCCUCUGGAGCGCAUUGAAGAGCUUCUGCGCUUGGCCGUGGGAUCCCUGGACAUGUCUGUCAAAAGUGUGCUCCAUGAUGCAGUAGAGAGAGUUGUGGCCGCACUCAGUGGAGACCCAGACACCCUGACAAAUUACCCACAACCCCUCAGGGUCUUGGAGGCCAUGGUGACCGCCGUGCACAACAGUGUGCAGAGUGGCAUGGUGACUUCAGAUGACCUGCUGGCGUGGCUGCGUCCAUUCUGCGGUGAUGCGUCGCUACCUGUGCGGCCUCGGAUCGACGUGCUGCAGAUCCUGGAGAGUAACUUCAGCCUCCGGGACAGUGAUGUUCGUCUUCUGCUGCUCUACAGAACUCAGGCUGUUCUCAAAGACAGAGAGGUCCAGAUAGAAGAUGUGGAGAAUGAGGAGAAAAGAUGCACCCUCUUCCUGGAGCUGCUGGAAGCUGCUCAGAAGUGGGAGGACUUUCAGCUGCUCAUGCUACUCCUACAAGCGUGGCCACCCAUGAUGAAAGAGGAAGUGGCAGAAUCGGAGCGUAACCCCUGGGUGUUGCUGACCUCAGCCCUUCUCAGCCACUGCCAGGGAUCAGAGGUCAAACUAGACCUGGGUGAGCAAGUUGUCACUAUGGUGCGAUCCCUCUAUAACACCAAACACAAGCUCCCUGCACAGUGUAUCAGACACAUAGCCACUCUGCUGCUCCAAGACCAGCCGAGCCACCAGCAGCCCGCACUCAAACUGAUGGCCGAGAGCGGUGAUGAGCAACUACUGCAGCUGACUCUGGAUCAGAUCAACAGCAUGACCGCAGAGACGGCUUCCUCCUGUGAUGCCGAGCUCCUGACGUUGCUCCUGGACGCAGGGCUCCUGGUGGGCUGCGUCUCCUCAUCCCUAUACCCCCUGCUCAGCUCCCACAUGCUGUCACACCAGCAGGAGGGAGGCUGGGACGUGGAGAAAGCCGCCGCGGAGCUGCUGGCGGAGGGCCACGGGCCCGAGGCGGGCUCCCUGCUGCUGGCUCACCGCGGAACCCACCAGGCUCAGUUCACCUUCAACUCUGCCUUGGCCGUUCUUAGGAAGUGGCUGUGAGGGAUGGGAGGAGGAGGAAGAAGAACGAGGUGCGGGGGAAACAGCUCGACAUGGAGGCAGUCAGGACCACCACCACCAUGGGCCGCAGUGAUAAAGCAGCUUUAGGGAAGCAGAGGGGGAAGGUGUUGAGAGAAGAGUCUCCGGUUCAUCAACUACAGACACGUCAACAGCAGCUGCAGCGUCUGCCUUGAAGGUAUAAGAGCGGAUACUUUUAAUACUGAAACAUCUGCUCAAUUAGAAACAUGAUCAGACUACAUACGUACAUACAAACACAACCUCUGCUGUCUCUCAGUCAUGAAUGAAUAUUCAGACCGAGGGCUAAUCACAAAAUGCAAUGACUGCUCACAUUUAUUUGCGUGUGUACUGUGUCCUAUUGUGUGAUAAAGUAAUUGAGCAGUAGCCGGGAAGCAGUGGGUGGAUAUUAGCCUAUUGUUCCGUGACAGGUUUGUCUCUUUGACGUCCCAUCGUUAAACACCCUGCCUCUGCUCCAUUGUUUUCCCCCUAAUAAUGUCUAAUUAAUUCCUUCAAAACAAAUUAGCCCUGCAGCUGCCCCACGCUGUGUGUGUGUGUGCACGUGUGUGGAUGCGCAAAUAUUGUAUAUGAGCAACGAGCACCGACACCCCUUGUAGAGCUAAUGACAAUGAGGAAUAAAUCUGCACCUGUGUGUUUGCACACACAGUGAUGUGCUGUCAUCACGGUUUGUUUUGCUUUAUAAAAUACAUGUUUUAUUCUGUGUCACCUAUCAAGCUGAAAUAAAGAAAAAUCGAAU